AUGGAGGCGCAGGCCUCAACAACGAUUUCGUUGAAAUGGGAUUAGACCCUGCUUCAUAUGAAGCCCUUGAAAAAGACUUCCAAGAGGUAAAAUACAAUCACUUCCUAAUCUUACAUUAAAUAUCAGGUUCUCCAAGAAUUAGUUGGAGAUCAAAGUAUGGAAAGAUUCAGAAAUGAGUAUGAAAAGUUGCAUAGAGCUCUUAAAACAUCAUAUGAAUCCGAGAAGCGUUUAGUUAAAAGAUGCAAAGACUUAAAUGAUACCAUUCUCUAAAACGCUGCAAGAGUCAAAGCUGCUAUUAAGUUAACUCAAGAAGAUUCAUAAACCAUUGCUAUCCUGAGAAAGGAAGUUGAUAAGGCAUGGAAACUAGUCGAAUAGGCUAAAGAGAAAGAGGAAAAGGCUAGAAAGAUUAUUCAAGAUUUGAGAAAUGAAAUCGCACAUCUUAAUAAGAUUGUCGAAUAAGGAUCAGGUCUAAGUAUUGGUCAAGACAACACAGUCCAUAAUCUAAUGAGACAAAAGGAUGAGUUGAAGAAAGAAUGCGAUCAAAAGACUGAGACCAUUAAUGACCUCGAAACUCAAAAGAGUUCUUUGAUGGAGAGAAUUCAUAAACUUGAAAACGAUCUAAUCAGAGAAAAAGACGAUAUUGAGAAGUAUAGACACGAGAUCGAAAAGCUCAAGGAUGACAAAUCAAGAGAGGAGAGAAAGAACAAGUAUGCUGAGGAGGAAAAGAAGAAUCUCUAAGGUACUGUUCAAGACAAGGAAAACUUGAUUGACAAAAUGAAGGAGGAGAAGACCAAAAAGGAUUCUGAAAUCGACAACCUCAAUAAGAAAAUCUAAAAUCUUGAAGCUUAACUUAAGGAUAAAUCUGAGAAAUACGCUGUCAAGACAGCUGAAUACAAAAAACUAGAGGAAAUCGCUGGUCAAUUUGAAAAAGAUAAGCAUAAUCUCCUUUAGAAGUUUAAUCAGACAGAUUUAGAGUUGAGUGAGACAAGAAACAAACUGAAGCAACUUGAAAAGGAAAAUAAGAAUUUGCUAAGAGAAAACAACACUUUAAUGAAUGAUAAGGAUAGAAUGGCUAGAGAGAAGAUGGAAGCACUAAAUGAGAAGAACAUCACUAAAGCAGGUGUCAAUGCUUUGACAAGAGAAAUUGAAUAUCUUAGAAAACAAACCGAAGGUGAGAAAUCAAAUAUCAUCAAUCUCAUCAGAGACAGAGAUAUGAUGAAGAAGAGCAUCAUAAAGGCUGAGGAAGAUAAUUAAAAGAACAAAGAAGAACUUAUCAAUCAAAUCAAUGAAGUCAAAAAGCUGAAUGAAGAGAAAAAAGCUGAUAAGGAGAAUAUUGCUAGUCUUCUCAAGUCAAUUAGCAAGCUAGAAAAAGAAAGAGAUAAGUUCUCACAUGAAGCCAGUAAGGCAAAUGCUAAUCUUAUGCAAAUGGUCGAAGAAGUCAAAUUAAAGAAAAACUUAAUCUCUGAGUUAAAGAAAGAAAACAUCGAGUUUGAAGGUAAACUUAAGUAACAGCAAAAUCUCUAUGAGGCAGUCAGAUCCGAUAGAAAUCUUUACUCAAAGAACUUGAUUGAAGCAUAAGAUGAGGUUGCUGAGCUUAAACGUAAAUUCAAGAUUGCUUCUCAUCAGAUUUCUCAAUUGAAGGAUGAAAUUGAAGCUAAGGAUCAAGCAUUGACUAAUGAGCAUCACGAUUUGGCUGUUGCUAAAAAAGAAAUUGAUACAAUCAAGAGUUCAUUAGAAGCUGAAAAGAAAAAGAACGAAGAGGCAAGAUAAAUCAAGACAAAACUUGAAAAUGAGAUUCAAAAGCUUACCUAUAUUAUCAAAGAAGCUCACGAAGAGCAUGAAAAGCUCAAGAAAGAUUACCAAAAUGUUAUCAAUGAAAGAGAUAUUUUAGGAACCCAACUCAUUAGAAGAAAUGAUGAGCUCGCUCUUCUGUAUGAGAAGAUUAAGAUCCUUUAAUCAACUCUAGCUAAGGGAGAAGUUCAAUAUCAAGAGAGACUCGAAGAUAUUAGGCUACUUAAAUUCAAGAUUGCUGACUUAAAGUCAGAGCUUAGAAUUGUCAAAUCAUAAGCAUCUUAAAUCGGUGAUCUAAGAAAGGAAGUUUACAACCUUCAAUAGCAAUUAUUGACAGAGAGAUUAUAAGUUAAGGCACUUAGUGAGGAAUUAGAAAAUCCACUUAAUUAUCAUAGAUGGAGGAAGCUAGAAGGUACUGAUCCAGAUACUUGGGAAAUGCUUCAAAAGAUUUAGACUCUUUAAAAGAGAUUAAUUAAGAAAACUGAAGAAGUGGUUGAGAAGGAUGUUGUGAUUUAAGAAAAAGAAAAACUUUAUAUUGAACUCAAAAAUCUUUUGGCCAGACAACCAGGACCAGAGGUUGCAGAACAAUUGUCUAUUUAUCAACAGAACCUUAAGGAAAAAACAAGACAAAUGAAAGCAAUGGCUGCUGAGCUAAAUAUGUAUCAAGCUCAAGUAAAUGAGUACAAAUACGAGAUUGAAAGACUCACUAGAGAAUUGCAAGAUAUGAAGAGAAAGUACUACGAACAAAAGAGAAGAGAACAAGCACAAAGAGAAGCCCAAAAUAGAUUAGACAAAGGCAAUAGUAUUAAACAAAUGACUGCUCCAGUUCAAAGAUUCGCAGGAGGUGGUUACAGUCUUGCUGUUUGA